AUGAGGGGGGCAGUGUUGGGUUUGUGGGUGUCUCUGGCCCUGUGUUGUUGCGUUCUAGGCUGGGCUGGAGGUGUAGAGGGACAGGAUACCGCAGGUGUCCAGACAGAGGUGAGACAGGCUGGACCCGUGAAGCAUGGCAGAGAGGGGGAGGAAGAGAGAGAGGAGGUUAUGAUGGACGACCCUGGCAUGGAGGUGGAGGAGAUCAAACCAAAGAAGAAGAAACCAUAGAGGAGGGAGGAGUGGAAGAGGGGACUCCUUGUAGUUAUUAGGAGGAGGGAGGAGGAGGAGGAGGUAGGGGGAGGAGGAGGAGGUAGGAGGAGGAGGAGGGGAGUGCACUUCUUCUUAUUCUUCUUCUUAUUCUUUGCUUUCUAUUCGUUCUGCUUAUUCUUAUGUUUCUUCUCUAUGUUUUUCUUAUUCGUGAGGAUUCUCUUCUUCUUAUUAUGCGUCUUCUUCUUAUCUCUUCUUGUUUCUUCUUCUUCUUCUUCUUCUUCGUCCUUUAUCCUUUUAUUGUCCUCAUUCUCUCCUUUACUGUAUAUUCAUGGCGGUCCAUCAACAUGCCAUCCCUGUUACAACAUCUUGGGGACAAACUUACCAAACACUUGGCCCAGUUUUCCCUUGUUAGAGCAUGUUCACUAACAUGUGUGGAGACCUUGACCUUGAGGUAGAGCAUGUUCACUAACAUGAGUGGAGACCUUGACCUUGAGGUAUUGACAGAGACGACCAUUGUCUAGUAGAGCUCUCAGCUGCAUGUGUCACACACUGCACCAGGGACAGUAAUGAGCUACAGAUGUAGGAUCUUAAUUUCAUCACUCUUUUGUUGCAGAGCAUUUUCCUGCUCAGCAGGAAAUGCAAACUUGCAGUGUACUUGAGUUUUUAAAGGUUUUCUAAAGUUUGUCAUUUCCACUUUGACAUUUCAGACUUGAUUUACCCUAACAAAAGAUGUAUCAACCCCUACAAAAAUUUUCAUUAAUUAUAAUCCACAUAAUAAUUUACAUUUCCUGUUGCUGCAGGAUUAUUUCCUUCUGUAGCAAGCUAGCUCAAAUUAAGAUCCUACAUCUGUACAGACACACUGCUGGGUUCAAGUUUCAAGUUGUAAUGUCACGUGCACAAGUACAGUGAAAUGCCUUUCUUGCCAGCUCUAAAUCCAACAAUGCAGUAAUCAAUAUCAAUGGAGUACUAAAAAUAACACAAGGUAGAACAAAAACACACAAUAAAUAAAAAUAAGAAAUAAGAAGAACACAAGAAAGUAAAAGGCUAUAUACAGGGUCAGUUCCAGUACCAUAUUACAAUGUGCAUGGAUACUGGAGUGAUAGAGGCAGAUAUGUAUAGGGGUAAGGGGACUAGGUAUCAAGAUAUAUGAUGGACAGAGUAGCAGCACCGUAUAUGAUGCUUGUAUGUGAGUGUGUAUGCGUGGGUGGGUACAGAGUCAGUAUAAAAGUGACGUACUGGGCUGUCCGCACCACCCUCUGUAGCGCCAUGCGAUUGAGGGCGGUUCUGUUGCCAUACCAAGCAGUGAUGCAGCCAGUCAAGAUGCUCUCAAUAGUGAGUGCCGCUGUAUAACAUUUUGAGGAUUUGAGGGCCCAUGCCAAACCUUUUCAACCUCCUGAGGGUGAAGAGGCGCUGUUGUGCUUUCUUCACGACUGUGCGCGUGUGUGUGGACCAUUUUAAGUCCUUAGUGAUUUGGACACCGAGGAACUUGACGCUCUCAACCCACUCCACUGCAGCCCCAUUAUUGUGGAUGGGGACGUACUCAUUGUUGCCGGUGAUCAGGCCUACCACCGCCGUGUCAUCAGCAAACUUGAUGAUGGUGUUGGAGUUGUGUGUGGCCACGCAGUCGUGGGUGAACAGGGAGUAAAGGAGGGGACUAAGCACACACCCCUGUGGGGCCCCCGUGUUGAGGGUCAGCAUGGCGGAGGUGAUGUUGCCUAACCUCACCACCUGGGGGCGGCCUAUCAGGAAGUCCAGGAUCUAGUUUGCAGAGGGUGGUGUUCAGUCCCAGGGUAGUAGGCUUGGUGACGACCUUGGAGGGGACAAUGGUGUUAAACACUGAGCUAUAGUCAUCUAGGUGGGUGAGGGCAGUGUGGAGUGCAAUUGAGAUUGUGUAAUGCCAGUGUUUCCUCUUGGAUACCCCGAAAAUUGGGUCAGAAUUACAGAAAGAGCCCAGAGCAUAUGAGUCGAAGUUGAAGCUGGAAUUGAGGCAAGUAGAUAUGCUGAUCUGAUGUUCAAAAGUUCUUGUCAGUUAUAAGAAACUAUUUUUUACAACCAUUCUCUCCUUACUGUCCUCUCGACAUCCCUCUUCCCCAUCCCCCUCUCUCUCGCCAUCUUCUCUACUCUCUCCAUUUCCCUCUGUUGCAGUGAGGCCAAAGCAGACCAUACAGAUAGGAAAACUAACAUUUGCUUUGCAUUUAGAAACGACACAGCUAUCUGUCAACAACAUGUCUCGGUUGAGACUGUUGACGUCUAGACCCUUUGUUUUCUCCCUAGAGUAGAGUAGUGUAGUCUUUAUUAUCAACCUAUCAUCCCGAAGACCAAUUUGCUAAGAAGCAUGAUGACAUAUGGAUACAGUUUUCUUGUGAGUGAGAGUAUUUACUUUAACUGUGCCAUUAAAAAGUUAAAACGUUUUACAUGUUUGUUUCGUAGUGGAAAAGUGGAAAGACUCCCCGCUGUAUGGAGUUGUGAGUAACCGUGUGGUGUUUGGCUGAUUCAGGGUUUUCAGUAACCACGUGGUGCAUGUGCGUGUUUGCGUGUGUGUGUGUGUGUGUGUGUAUAUGUGUGGCUAACACUACUGUAAUUUAGUGAUGAGGGAGAGAGUUACUGUGAUAUACACUUAGAGGUCUAACAGUGUUUUCUUGGCAGAACCAACUACAGUCUCAUGACCUGGACUAAGUCCACCUGUGAUAUAAUAUGAUGUUUAGAUAAAUUAUUGCAUUAUUUAGAUAUCUGAUUAAAUACAUUAUAACAUCUUUCAAAUAAGUAGAUUUUUUAGAUUUCCUGCAUACCCAGGCCCUUGAUUAUAAGAAGAUUAAAAUAUCAAUUUGUGCAAAAUACAGAAGAAGGGAUAGUCAGAAACACAUUUCCAUAAACAAGGAAAGAGAAUUUAUGACUGGGCCCAGUUGUAACAAUGGAACUGACGUUUCAUGUGCACACUAUUACAUUAUCCACUGCAUGGAGCAAAGCCAUUAGCCUACUAGUUCUUUCCAAAGCCAUUCAGGACUGUUAGAAUUAGGUUACACAAAAAAGGCUGAAUUGGCCAAAUCUGGAACCACUGAGAUAUAUUUUAUUUGGUUGUGCUGCAUGGAGAUGAAAUUAUGAAUCAAAAUGACAAGAUAUCUGUAUUUGUCUUGUGAUAAAAUGGCAUGAUUCAUGGUGCCGCAGACACGCCACACGGAUCGUCGGGAGCUUCCUUGUUUUUACCUUCAGACAUCCAUGUAUCUUCAUGGAAGAUCGUCCCCCUUCUUUAAGCUUAAGUUCUCACUGACUCUGUAGUAUAACCUCAUUGGUUGACAGUACUUGAGGAGCAUCCUCACCCACCAAUAGGAUGUUAGUGGAACAGGUGAGUAGACCAAGAGAGAGUAGACAUUUUACUGGGUGGUGUGUUUAGCUGGCCUGGCUGUGUGUGUGAGGAUGUUGACAUUUACAUUUUAGACAGCUAGGUAAUGCUGUGAUGUCAUCAUGGAACCAUAACAUAGCUGCAGCAGCUGGUCUACUUAAGUCUACUGGGAGAAAAAAAGCUAUUCUCUGUUCAUACAGUCCUGUGUCUGUCUGCUAGUCUGAGGGUAAUUACAUAUAGGAUGGCAAUCACUAAUACUUUUAAUUACAAACUAAACCUUUUCUACAAACACAUACCAAAUGAAGCAUUAUUCACAAGCCACAACUCAUCAACCAGGAACAGUUGGACAGAUAUCGACACAAGGGUCGUCAACACAGCAGGUUUGAGUUUGGCCGGCUGGCUGCUUGGUCCAAAACCAAAACAAAGCAGUGACCAUGCGUCAUUACUGAACCACUGAACACUGUGGGAGAGGAGGAAUGUGUUCAGGCCCUUUAGGAAAUAGGAGAGAGAAGAGAGGGAGAAAGAGAGGGCAAAGGGAUACCUGUGGAGAGAUUUCUGCUGUCUGCUUCUCUCUCAAUGUCAAUUCAAUUUCAAUUUAAGGGCUUUAUUGGCAUGGGAAACGUAUGUUAACAUUGCCAAAGCAAAUGAAGUAGAUAGUAAACUAAGUGAAAUAAACAAUAAAUAUUAACAGUAAACAUUACACUCAGAAGUUCCAAAAGAAUAAAGACAUUUCAAAUGUCAUAUUAUGUAUAUAUACAGUGUUGUAACGAUGUGCAAAUAGUUAAAGGGAAAAUAAAUAAACAUAAAUAUGGGUUGUAUUUACAAUGGUGUUUGUUCUUCACUGGUUGCCCUUUUCUUGUGGCAACAGGUCACAAAUCUUGCUGCUGUGAUGUGUUAUUUCACCCAGUAGAUAAGGGAGUUGAUCAAAAUUGGGUUUGUUUUCGAAUUCUUUGUGGAUCUGUGUAAUCUGAGGGAAAUAUGUGUCUCUAAUUUGGUCAUACAUUUGGCAGGAGGUUAGGAAGUGAGGCUCAGUUUCCACCUCAUUUUGUGGGCAGUGUGCACAUAGCCUGUCUUCUCUUGAGAGCCAGGUCUGCCUACGGCUGCCUUUCUCAAUAGCAAGGCUAUGCACACUGAGUCUGUACAUAGUCAAAUAUUUCCUUAAAUUUGGGUCUGUCACAGUGGUCAGGUAUUCUGCCUCUGUGUACUCUCUGUUUAGGGACAAAUAGCAUUCUAGUUUGCUCAGUUUUUUUGUUAAUUCUUUCCAAUGUGUCAAGUAAUUCUCUUUUUGUUUUCUCAUGAUUUGGUUGGGUCUAAUUGUGUUGUUGUCCUGGGGCUCUGUGGGGUAUGUUUGUGUUUGUGAACAGAGCCCCAGGACCAGCUUGCUAAGGGGACUCUUCUCCGAGUUCAUCUCUAUGUAGGUGAUGGCUUUGUUAUGGAAGGUUUGGGAAUCACUUCCUUUUAAGUGGUUAUAGAAUUUAAUGGCUCUUUUCUGGAUUUUAUCAUUAGCGGUUAUCGGCCUAAUUCUGCUCUGUGUGCAUUAUUUGGUGUUUUUCGUUGUACACAGAGGAUAUUUUUGCAGAAUUCUGCAUGUAGAGUCUUAAUUUGGUGUUUGUCCCAUUUUGUGAAUUCUUGGUUUGUGAGCGGACCCCAGACCUCACAACCAUUAAGGGCAAUGGGUUCUAUAACUGAUUCAAUUAUUUUUUAGCCAGAUCCUAAUUGGUAUGUCGAAUUUUAUGUUCCUUUUGAUGGCAUAGAAGGCCCUUCUUGCCUUGUCUCUCAGAUCGUUCACAGCUUAGUGGAAGUUACCUGUGGCGCUGAUGUUUAGGCCGAGGUAUGUAUAGUUUUUUGUGUGCUCUAGGGCAACGGUGUCUAGAUGGAAUUUGUAUUUGUUUUUGGAACACCAUUAUUUUUGUCUUACUGAGAUUUACUGUCAGGGCCCAGGUCUGACAGAAUCUGUGCAGAAGAUCUAGGUGCUGCUGCAGGCCCUCCUUGGUUGGUGACAGAAGCACCAGAUCAUCAGCAAACAUUAGACAUUUGACUGCAGAUUCUAGUAGGGUGAGGCCGGUUGCUGCAGACUGUUCUAGUGCCCUCGCCAAUUCAUUGAUAAAUAUGUUGAAGAGGGUGGGGCUUAAAUUGCAUCCCUGUCUCAACCCAUGGCCCUGUGGAAAGAAAUGUGUGUGUGUUUGCCCAUUGUAACCGCACACUUGUUGUUUGUGAACAUGGAUUUUAUAAUGUCGUAUGUUUUUCCCCCAACCCGACUUUCCAUCAAUUUGUAUAGCAGACCCUCAUGCCAAAUUGAGUCAAAAGCUUUUUUGAAAUCAACAAAGCAUGAGAAGACUUCGCCUUUGUUUUGGUUUGUUUGUUUGUCAAUAAGGGUGUGCAGGAUGAAUACUUGGUCUGUCGUACGGUAAUUUGGUAAAAAGCCAAUUUGACAUUUGCUCAGUACAUUGUUUUCACUGAUGAAAUGAACUAGUCUGCUGUUAAUGAUAAUGCAGAGGAUUGUCCCAAGGUUGCUGUUGACGCAUAUCCCACAGUAGUUAUUGGGGUCAAAUUUGUCUCCACUUUUGUGGAUUGGGGUUAUCAGUCCUUGGUUCCAAAUAUUGGGGAAGAUGCCAGAGCGAAGGAUGAUGUUAAAGAGUUUAAGUAUAGCUAAUUGAAAUUUGUGGUCUGUAUAUUUUAUCAUUUCAUUGAGGAUACCAUCAACACCACAGGCCUUUUUGGGUUGGAGGGUUUGUAUUUUGUCCUGUAGUUCAUUCAAUGCAAUUGGAGAAUCCAGUGGGUUCUGGUAGUCUUUAAUAGUUGAUUCUAAGAUUUGCAUUUGAUCAUUAAUCUUUUUUUUGCUGUUUGUUCUUUGUUAUAGGGCGAAAAAGAUUGUAGAAGGGGUUUAUCUAUACAUCUCUGUUUUGGAUAGAUAGCUAUUCGUGUUGUUGUUUGUUUAGUGUUUUAGAGAUUUUUAGAUUUGAAAGGGAAGCUGAGAGGUCAAAUAUACUGUUUAGUUUUUCUACUGCCAAGUUUAAACCUUCACUAUUACAGUGGAACGUUUUGUCCAGGAAGUUGUCUAAAAGGGAUUUAAUUUGUUGUUGCCUAAUAGUUUUUUGGUAGGUUUCGACACUACUUUCCAUCCAUCUAUAGCAUUUCUUAAUAUUAUUCAGUUCCUUUGGCUUUGAUGCCUCAUGAUUGAGUAUUGCUCUGUUCAAGUAGACUGAUUUUGCUGUGGUCUGAUAGGGGUGUCAGUGGGCUGACUGUGAACGCUCUGAGAGACUCUGGGUUGAGGUCAGUGAUAAAGUAGUCUACAGUACUACUGCCAAGAGAUGAGCUAUAGGUGUACCUACCAUAGGAGUCCCCUUAAAGCCUACCAUUGACUAUGUACAUACCCAGCGUGCGACAGAGCUGCAGGAGUUGUGACCCGCAGGUGUGGGAGAGUGUCUCGCUGGUCUGGGCGGGUGUCUGUUGAUCUGUUGCUCCUGUGUGAGGUGUUGGGUCUGCGGUUGAGGGGCGAUAUCCUUUAGGGUUCGGGCGAAGGUGGGCACUGCUGCCUUGUAUGGUGGACCUGGUCAUAAAGGCUGUUCAAGUCCAGGGUGGAGUGGUGGGCCAGGUAGACAUUUGGUUUUGAGGCACAGUCACAGGAAAUACUUGCGUUUACCUGCUGUAUGGUAGCAGGGUGGAAGUCUUUUUGUAGUAGCAGGGUUGAGAUAACCACUUGUGCGUUGGGGAAAGUAGAAGAAGCUUUUUCUAUCACUCUCUUGAGUGCUGUGGCCACUCUUUCAUGCUGUGUUCUCAGGUUGUUUGUUCCUGUGUGUAUUAUUAUGUGGCUGGGUGAUCCUAGUUGGUCCUCAGACAGAAGGUCUAGGGCGCGAUGGGUGUUUGGACACCAGAGUUUAGACACUGUGUGUUUGGGAAAAUGUUUAUUUUCUUGUAUGUAUUUCCCAUUUGAGUCCAUAAGGAGUACAAUCUGUGGCUUGUGUAUGUCCUCAGUGGGUGUGGGGGGGUCAUCAGGAGGGCUAUCAGGGUGGCUGAUAUGGGGGGUGCUCAGAGGGGUUGGGAUCCCCUGGGCUUGGGUUUCUUCAUUUGUUUCUCCGGCUGUGAUGUCGAGGUUAUGGUCAGGGUUUAGGGUGUACUGUUCUGCUGCGGUGUCGAGACUCUGGUCAGGAUCUGAGGUCGGCUGUUCUGCUGGCUUCUCUGCGGACAUGGCCAGCUCUCUAUAACGGGUUGUUCUCUGUCACCCGUCAUCAUUCUCACCUUUUCCUCCAGCACUCUGAUCCUCUCCUCUAGUGCUCUGUUCUUCUCCUGCUCCUGCUCUUUCUCCUGUUGAUGUUGUCUCACCACAGUCCAGAGUGCAGACAUGUCUCUCUCCACCUCCAGCUCUCCAGGUCUAGUUAAGGGGGUGUUGUUGUGCUGGACUGUUGUCUGGGUCUGUGCUGACUGGAGUGUGUUCACCUGCUGUUCCAGCUCCACCUGCCUUACCUCUAGCUGGGUGAAUUUAUCCUUCACUUCAAUGAGGGAGUAAUACUCUGUGCUGGGAAGUUGACUUUCCGCUUGGGGUUGCUCGUCUGUGGGGUUAUUAUUGAAGAGGUCUGGUCUGACCCGCUCGGGGUGGGGGUAUCUUUCUCAAGGGAGAGCUUCUCCUGCUGAGCUAUUUCUUUGUUUAGGUGAAAGUCCAGCUGAAACUGUUUGGGGUUGCCCUGUACCAAUACUGUUCCAGAUUUAUAGAGAUGUAUAUUAGCUGACUCAGCGUCAUCAUUGUCUAGUAUCCUGAGUUUCCACCCAUCACUAACACCCCCCCUCUUAACAGAGGGGUAGUGUGUUAAUAUAGCACUGUGCCAUGCAAGGGGAUGUGUGGAAGAUACGGUUGCUUAUGUUCCCAUUUUUAUAAAAGUCAGCAAAAAGUGUCUCUUGAUUUCCCAUACGGAGCAUUUUGUACUCUUAUCAUGUCUUAUCAUUCUUUACAUACAGAGGGUACUGUAUUUUAAUUACCUCUGAACAGCGGAAGGGUGUUUCUAAGGCCUCUCCAUUUGGUUGGGGUAGACUGCAACUCUCCUGCCAUUGUUGGGCUCAAGGGCUUUGACACCUCUCACUUCACACGUCAGUGCUAAUUGAAGUUGUAUCUCUUUGUCCUAGCAAGCUUGGUAGCCUUAGCAUUCAGUCCUUAUAAAGUAAAAUAUAUCACUGUAAUAUAUUUUUCUUCUUGGUUUUUGAAAGUAAAAAAUAGCUUCAGACUAAACAUUACUCACUCUGUUCAAGGUUGGAUGGUGUUUUCAGGUUUCUGUUUGUUUGCCAGAGCAUUUGCUGUAUAGCUUGUGAAUAGUAAUCCUUGGUAGUAGAAAGCCUUCCAGGUAAUUCCAGGUAAUUCUGUCCAAAAUCAGGUUGUAGGUUUGGAGUUUUGGAGUUUUGGUUUGGAGUGAAGGUUAUGUUGUGGAGGGUAGCAUCCUGUAUAUGUCCCUGCCAAAAAAUCAAAGUUAAUCUAACUCUAAAUCUCACGUCACCCUCCUCCUCCGCACACUCCACUGGCUUCCAGUUGAAGUGUAUUUUUUGUAAAAGCAUGCUGAAAAAUGCGGGAGCUCUCUCUCUAUCAUUUGCUCUUGCUCUCUCUCUCUCUCUCUCUCUCUCUCUCUCUCUCUCUCUCUCUCUCUCUCUCUCUCUCUCUCUCUCUCUCUCUAUCUCUCUUUCAUGCUGUAGUUAGUGGUCCCAUAUUCUGUUCCAACCUUCUGUUCUCUUUCUCUAUUUUUCUGGAUGGGGCUGGGGUGUAGUAAUUGUGGAGGUCACUUACUCACUCACACGCUCUCUCUCUCUCUUCAGUAAACUCUCUCUCUCCCUCUCUCUCUCCCUUUCUCUUUUCAGCCAGGGCAAAGAAAGCCGCAGAGAAGGAGGCCAAAGCCAAGAAGCAGAAAGCCCCCAAGGCACCGAAAGCCACCAAGGCACCCAAAGCCCCGAAACCCACUAAAAAACCCAAAGCCACCAAGGCACCCAAGAAGCCCAAGGCCACCAAGGCACCAAAGGCCACCAAGACACCUAAAGCCACCAAGGCACCAAAGGCCACCAAGACACCUAAAGACACCAAGGCGCCUAAGGUCACCAAGUCCAAAGCUACGAAGGCCUCCAAGACAUCAGCAUGGAAGGAGGAGGGGGUGAAGCCGGUGACCAGGAGACCCAGUCUGGAAGAGGAGGAGGAGAAACUGCUGAUUGAGCUGGGCUGGGACAGAUGUACGUAUAUAGAUAAUUUUAAUAUAAUUUUAUAGUUAUGCAUUGGAUGUACAUAGCGCUUUUCUAGGACCAAAGAUGCUUUACAAUAGUGCGUUAGUCUUUUAGUGCAGGUAGACUGUACAUUGAGUAAAUAAUAUAUUAUUUUAAUGCAGUGUGUUGGUUUGUGAUUUAAUAAAAUGGCUGUACUGUCUCUGUAGUGAUCACACCUGUGACCCCUAAGGAUCCUCGAGAGCCAGGCCAGGGUAAGAGAUGGUUUGACAUAAGACUAUGAGAUCUUUAGGAGAUAUUAGAGCAUCUGUGUGCUAAUCUGUUCCCUAUGAGUUGGUUCUUUUCAUGUCAGACCUUUAAAAACAAGCAGGCCACGUUAAUGUAAUGUAAUGUUACAGUAUAAUCUCAUUCAUUUGCAAUGCGAGGCGACUGAGUUGACUCUGUGUUGUGGUUUGUGUGUGUUGUUUCUGCCCAGUAGACAGGAGACCCUCGGGACCCACACCUCCCUCUACUGGCUCCAAGACCCUGACAGAGCAUGAGCAAGAUUACUGGGACGCCAAGAGUAUGUCUGACAACUCAACUAGCUAUCACUUUCAAUUCAAUCUUCUCUGAUUUGAAGCAUGAAUUUAGCUUGGCAGAGAUUAUGGUCAUAUGUCAUCAAUAAGCUAUUACAACAAAAGCAAAACACUCAUGUUGUCAAAGCCAUUUCUAAUGUUUGUGACAGUUGAGAGGAAACAUCUAUUUUCAUGAACAGUACAGUAACAGAAAGUUGUUGUGAAGUUGUUCAGCCCUCUAAGACAUCUAAAUGUCUGUUUCCAUCUCUGACAGUGGACAGAGAGAGGACCACCACUGAGGUCAUCAUGUAUGUACCAGGUAAACAGCCCAUCACAUAAAUGAAUUGGGCGAUACUUGAGAGGACACAUUUGAACAAUUCAAUGUAUUUACCAUGCAUGCACAUUUUCUUUCAGAGGAAACCACAGUGCCGCCAAUGCCCUGGUACGAAGAGUAUGAUUAUGCAGACUGUACGUACAUCACAUGUUAUGUCUGUCUAUUUGUCUGUCUGUCUCUCUUUCCUGCAAUUGUUUGGUCAUGUAUGAUCACCUGUAUGAGCAGCCUGUACUGUCUGCAUUUGUUGUGUGAUCAUGUUGGUAAGAGCACCCCCCUCUAACCUCUCUCUAACCUCUCUCUAACCUCUCUCUAACCUCCCUCUAACCUCUCUCUAACCUCUCUCUAACCUCUACAGUGGCAGCUAAAAAACUUGAGGAGGAGGCGGAGAAAGCUCGCAAGGAGAAGGAGGAAAAAGGUCUGAAUCACUUUGAUCUGUCUGUCAGAGGGAACCCUGUAGCCCUGUCCCUUUAGGGCCCCCUUAUGUGUUAAUGAAUCACUUACAGAGACAACUGGGUUGUUUAUGGAACAAGGACCAUUAUAGCCUGUAGAUUGAAACAUUGUCAAUGUUGGGGAGUGGAGGGAGAAAAGGGCAGUGGCUGUGUGUGAGAGAGGGGGAUGGAUUGAGGAAGAGAGAGAGAGGACAGGGCGGGAGAAGGAUAGGAAGCGGGUUUAUCAAAACAGCUACUGCCAUGUGUUGGGGCCCUGGGCCGGUUGAUGUCAGUGAGAGAGACGGGGGAGAAGGGGGGAGGGAUAAAGAGAGGGAAAAAGGGAGGAAGGAUAGGAGGGGGUUGGGGUUCAUUUUGAGUGUGUGCAGGACCGCAGGCUGUCUGCUUGAGAAGAGAUUUCAAGUGUAUACUUGAAAAUCAGUCACUACCCUGUGUAUCAGUAUAGUUUCAUUGGAUAAAGUGAAACAUCUGUUUACGUGAAUAUGCAGACUUAUGGGAGAGAAAUGGAAUGGCAGUGAUUGUAAUAUUCAGUACUCUACUAGCAGCAGCACAUAUGGAAGUAUUUGAUGCUUGGUGAGUUGGAGAGCCAUGACGGUGUGUUCCCAUCAUGCAUCACAGUGGAGCGGCUGAGGAAGAAGUGGGAGGAGGAAGAGGAGGAGAGGCUGAGGCAGAUCCCGGUACAUGCCGAACCCAAGAGUAAGGAAAUCGCCUCAACACUGGUUUUCAUAUUAAUUCAUGAUCAGCUUCAACUUGCAAGUUGCUCUGGAUAAAAAUAUACUCCUUUCCCUACCCCCAGUUUUACAGUGACCCCAACAGGACAUGACAGUGCCUGUGUGCAUCAGAGUGUGCUGUGCGUCCCUUACAUCAGGGUUUCCCAAACUCGGUCCUGGGGUGCAUGUUUUAGUUUUGGUAUCAGCUGUGUAGUGCUAGGGCAAAAAGCAAAAUGUGCAGCCAGGGGGGGGCCCAGGACUGACUUUGGGAAACCCUGCCUUACAUGACUGUCUAUCUGCUGCAGCUGGACUGUUGACCUUUUUUCUCCUGUCUACUGUAACAACCUGGCUUUCUCCCCAAUCAGAAUUCUGGUCCUGCCAGAAAGACAUGUUUUACUGUACAGUCAGACUUGGAGAAGACUAGCAUGUUCUCUUUCUUUCUCUUCCUCUUACAAGCAUCAGAUUUUAGACUUGUUUUAUGGCCUUUUGAGACCUCAUAAAAAGGAAAAAGGUUGCUGUGAGAAAAUAAAAGCAUUUUGCCGCACUUGAAAACAAACCAUUCUCUUUUCACCCUUUCAGAAUCCACAAAAGUAUUGUGUGUGUGUGUUGGUCAGUGUGCGUGCGUGCGUGCCUGCGUGUGUGUGUUCAGGUGUGUGUGUGUGUUUGUGUACGAUGGGGUCAGCAUCAACAGAGUGCUUUCAGCCUGUUGCUAUUGACGACUAUAGACCAAAACAUUUAGCAGACAGAAACUGUUUUGUAAACUUUAUUUGACAAUAAAGCAGAUAAAACGAAAAUGAAAUAAUGUUAUUUUUUGGAGUGUGUCCCAUUAUUUAUUACUUGUUUCGUUUUGUUCCCAGAAUGCCCUCCUCUAGGUCUGGAGUCCCAUCGUGUUAACGAUGACCAGCUGCUGGCCUCUUCUCAGUCUCACCAUGGCUUCUCUGCUCAGCGGGGCAGGCUCAACAUGCAGGUAAACACUGUACUACACUACACUGUAGUAUAGAUACACAGUAAUAUAGAGUACUACACCAUAGUACUGCCUCGUCUAAGUCUCACCACGGCUUCUUUGCUCAGAAAAGCAUGCUCAACAUGCAGGUACACACAGUAUGAUACACUAUACAACAGUAUAUUAGACUUUACUACACUAUACUACAAACACCACAGUACUGCCUCGUCUGAGACUCACCACGACUUCUCUGCGCAGAGAGGCAUGCUCAACAUGCAGGUACACAGAUUAUACUACACUAUCACUGGCAUACCACACACCCCCGCAGCCCCCGCAAGGCAUGGGGGCCCCCUACCCAACAACAAAACAAACAACAACAACAACAAAAAAAUAGGAUAUGAACAAGUCAUAUGCCAUGGCAAUUACAGGAAAUUUGCUUUAAAACCGCAAAACUGCGGUACGCCACUGUACGCUAUAUUACAGACACGUACGGCAGCUUUAUAGAUACUGAAUGUUGUAAUACCCAUUAUACUGGUUGUAUUCUAAUGUUCCUAUGGACAAACGCACCAACCAAAUCUUCACAUAAAAUCAGCAGACACACAGCCCCAACACAUCUGACCAGAGAGGGGACCACUUUGUCUCCCCAGAGCUCCGGUGAUGAGGAGGGUGUGUACGGGGGUGCGUGGUGUGCCGAGCCAGAGGAGAAGAACCACUGGUUUGAGGUGGAUGCUCGCAGAGAGGUGGAAUUCACUGGAGUAAUCGUACAGGGCAGGAACUCAGACACAGCGUAAGUCCUGCUGCCUGGGGUCACUGCACUGGGGUUCACUGCACCGUUCACACAGCCAGGGCCAGGUGGAAUCCCUAUUAACCUGCACAAUUUAUUUGAAAUGAACAAUACACAUACAUCAAUAGGUUGAGUUUUAUCCAUUAGAUAAGCAGAAUGCUGUAGAAGGGAUUAUAGGGGAAAAGUAAUAGGAAAUGGAAUCUUACCUGUGGAAUCAUCUGGCACUUUGAAUGUUAGAGAUAGCAUGUUGAAUAUUCGUAUUUACAUUUACAUUUACAUUUACGUCAUUUAGCAGACGCUCUUAUCCAGAGCGACUUACAAAUCGUAUGACUUGUAAAGUGUAAAGUCUCUCUCUCUCUUUCUCUCUCGCUCUCUUUUUCUUCUCUCUCUGUAUUUCAGGGAAGAUUUUGUAUCCACGUUCUACGUGUCCUUCAGUAAUGACAGUCGUGAUUGGACGGUGCUCCAUGAUGGCUAUGCUGAGUGGGUCAGUGUAGCCGCCAAUUUAAUAUCCAAAUAAUCUCUAAACUUUCCUCCUCUCUAACCUCUCCCCUCCCUCUCCUCUCCUCUCCAUACCCUCCCUCUCCUCCUCUCUCCUCCUCUCUCCUCUCCUCUCCAUACCCUCCCUCUCCUCCACUCUCCUCCUCUCUAACCUCUCCCCUCCCUCUCCUCUCCUCUCCAUACCCUCCCUCUCCUCCUCUCCCCUCCCUCUCCUCUCCUCUCCAUACCCUCCCUCUCCUCCACUCUCCUCUCCUCUCCAUACCCUCCCUCUCCUCUCCUCUCCAUACCCUCCCUCUCCUCCACUCUCCUCCUCUCUCCAUACCCUCUCCUCCUCCUCCACUCUCCUCCUCUCUCCAUACCCUCUCCUCCUCCUCCUCCUCCUCCCUCCCCCUCUUCUUCCUCCCUCUCCCCCUCUCUCCUCUCCUCUCCAUACCCUCCCUCUCCUCCACUCUCCUCCUCUCUAACCUCUCCCCUCCCUCUCCUCUCCUCUCCAUACCCUCCCUCUCCUCCUCUCCCCUCCCUCUCCUCUCCAUACCCUCCCUCUCCUCCACUCUCCUCUCCUCUCCAUACCCUCCCUCUCCUCUCCUCUCCUCUCCUCUCCUCUCCAUACCCUCCCUCUCCUCCACUCUCCUCCUCUCUCCAUACCCUCUCCUCCUCCUCCACUCUCCUCCUCUCUCCAUACCCUCUCCUCCUCCUCCUCCUCCUCCUCCCCCUCUUCUUCCUCCCUCUCCCCCUCCAACCCUCCAGUUGUUCUAUGGGAACGUGGAUAGGGACUCUCCAGUGAUGGUGCAGUUUGAUUGGCCAACCGUGGCACGUUACAUCCGUAUCCUUCCCCAGAGCUGGAACGGCAGCCUGUGUCUCAGAGUUGAGGUCAUGGCCUGCCAACUGACCAGUGAGUACAAUACAAUGCAUAACCCCAUCAACCCUCCAUAACUCCAGAACGUCAUCACAUCCCUAACUCCAUCACCUUCAUAACCCUUAAAAUGAUAAUCACCUCCUCAACCAUCCCUGUUACUCCCCCAUGAAUGAUCACUCCCAUGUGUAUUCAGUCUGCCCUACCCUCCCCGCAGGCAGAUUCCGUAGUGAGAAUGAGGUCAACCCCACAGACAACCUGGACUUCAGACACCACAACUAUAAGGACAUGAGACAGGUGAGUCUGAAGAGUGUGACAGGUGAGCUUGACACUGUCCUUCCUUCAUCUCUUCCUCAUCCCUCUCUCCUCUCCUCUCUUCCUCCUCUCUCUCUGUCUCCCUCCAUCUUUCCAUCUCUCCCUCCAUCACUCCCUCCUCCCUCGUCUCUCUCCCUCUCUCCCUUCUCCCUCGUCCACCUCUCUCCUCCCUCCCUCUCUCCAUCUCAGAUGAUGAAGGUGAUAAAUGAGGAGUGUCCUAACAUCACUAGGAUCUAUAACAUUGGGAAGAGCUCUUCAGGCCUGAAGAUGUAUGCCAUGGAGAUCUCUGACAACCCCGGGGAACAUGAGACAGGUGUGUGUGUGUGUGUGUGUGUGAUAGGUGAGCCAUACAGCAAAGGAACACACACACAUACUAACUGAUCACAAAACACCGUCACAUGAUGACGUCAUCUUCCUCACCAGGUGAGCCGGAGUUCCGCUACACGGCUGGUCUCCAUGGUAAUGAGGUGCUGGGGCGGGAGCUGCUCCUCCUGCUGAUGCAGUUCAUGUGUAAGGAGUAUAACGACGACAACCCCCGAGUGCGCCGCCUGGUGGAGGGAGUGAGAAUACACCUUGUUCCCUCACUCAACCCCGACGCCUACGAACUGGCCUACGAGAUGGUGAGGGACCUGGGCUCAUUCCAGAAAGAUGCUCCAACAAGGAAUAUACAGUAUAUGUUUCAACUGAUGAAACUGGAACCAAUGUUACAUUACAUACUGUCCUUUCCAUAUGCGGUUUCUCACACCCCUGGCCCCACACUCCCUGCUCUUAGAGGUGUAUAAUCUCUCCAAUAGAGAUCCUUUCUUUAUUAUUUUCUAGCCUCCUCUCUCAUUUCCAGGGCUCUGAGAUGGGGAACUGGGGUCUGGGCCACUGGACUGAGGAGGGAUACGAUAUCUUCCAGAACUUCCCGGACCUCAACAGUGUUCUAUGGGGGGCAGAGGACAGGGGCUGGGUCCCACGCAUUGUACCCAAUCACCACAUCCCACUCCCAGAGAACUUCCUCGAUGGCUCGGUAGGUGUUAGGGCUACAGAUAUAUUUUUUUAAUGUUUAUUAUUUUGUAUUGUUAAUUUUCCAAUUAUACUAUGGUUUGUAUUUCUGGUGUUAGAUCUACAUUUCUCUCUCUCUCUCUCUCUCUCUCUCUCUCUCUCUCUCUCAUGCUAUCCUCUCUCUCUCUCUAUCUCUCUAUCAUCUCUCUCUCUCUCUCUCUCUCUCUCUCUCUCUCUCUCUCUCUCUCUCUCUCUCUCUCUCUCUCUCUCUCUCUCUCUCUAGGUUGCCCUGGAGACCAAAGCCAUCAUUAACUGGAUGGAGCGGACCCCAUUUGUGUUGGGAGCCAAUUUUCAGGGGGGAGAGAAAGUGGUGGCGUACCCGUUUGACAUGCAGCGGCCUCCAAAGGCUACAGGGGUGGGUUCUGUUCUGACUGGAAUAAGAUGAAUCAGCACUGGCAGGGCUGGAUUACCGAACGAGCACUCAGGGCACAUGCCCCGGAGCCCCGACUUCCAGGGGGCCCCGAACCCCAAAAAUCAUAUGCUAUCUGGGCUAUGAUAGCAAAAUGUUCUCUCAGCCUCAUGGCAAAAUGUGAACAAAAGCAUAAGAUGAGCAAUGAAACAGAAGACACCAUUGCAAAAAGUGUAGAAUUGCAGGAAAUGAUCUUAAAACUGCCUUGGGGCCCCAAAUGCGGUAGUCCGCCCUGAACACUGGUGUCCAAAGGUAUUCCACUAUUUAGUGAAUUUCUAUAUAGGGAAUUUCAGACAUACCCAAGGAAUUAUAUCUGCACUGGGAGCCAAGAGGAUAGGGUUCCAUUUCAGGCCUAGCCCUGGUCUCUUCUAUAACAUUAACAUAUGUCUAAUGCCUCUGUCUUCCAACAGACUUUGGGGUCUUGGCGUGGGUCGAGACCCGGUGUGGACCAUGAGAUGAACGAGGAAACGUGGGCCCGGAUGCAGCGUCAGAACGGGGACGCGCUACGGGAGACGUCUGACAACACCAUGUUCCGCUGGCUGGCCAUGUCGUACGCCCACAGCCACCUGACCAUGACGGAGACCCAGCGGGGUUCCUGCCACACAGACGACAUCUCUGGGGGACAGGGCAUCAUCAACAGGGCCAGCUGGAAACCUGUGGUGGGAAGUGAGUGUCUAUGGGGCGGGGGAGUAAGGGGAAGAGGGAGACAGAGAUGGGGAGAAAAAAAGGAAAGGAGAGAGUAUGACAAAGAGAGAAUGAGUUCCCACGGGGGGCCAGUAUGAAAAAAUUAUAAUGUAUGCACUCACUAACUGUAAGUCGCUCUGGAUAAGAGCGUCUGCUAAAUGACUAAAAAAAAAAAUGAGAGAGGAAGAGAAAAGUAUGGACAAAUCUGGUGAGAGAGAGAGAGAGAGACAGACAGUGUUACAACACUCCUAAUUAACCCUAUAUCAUGUAUUCUUCCCUCCCCACCACACUGUAAACCCACAGGUAUGAAUGACUUCAGCUACCUGCACACUAACUGCUUUGAGCUGUCUGUCUUCCUGGGCUGUGACAAGUUUCCUCAUGAAAGUGAGCUGCCUCUGGAGUGGGAGAACAACCGGGAGGCACUACUGUCCUUCAUAGAACAGGUGAGAAAACACAGAUAACAUCAUUUAAUACUUAUUAUUGUCUUUUUAAACCAUUCUCAUUCUUGUUUUUUAACGUAUUUAAUGUGUCUUUACUGGAAACUGUACUGUAUGUUGCUGUAUGAAAAUAGCUAGUUUAUACGCUGAUUGUAUUGCUCCCAGUGAUGUCAUCUGAGCAUUGAGCCCUGAUAUAGGUGCUGUUUCCUGUUUCAUGUGCCAGGUGCAUCGUGGGAUAAAGGGCAUAGUGAGGGACAUGGAGGGUAAACCCCUGGCCAACGCCACCAUCUCUGUGGACGGUGUCAAGCACGAUGUCAAGACUGGUAAACCUGCAUUUACACACACACACACACACACACACACACACACACACACACACACACAAACACACAGCACAUCCCAGAGGCAGACCGCAAACCACAGAGAACAGUUCUUACCAGAAGGUCUUACUUUUAAUGUACAUGGUAGUUCAUUGAGAAAAAAAAUGAGGAAUCAACAAAAUCUCUGCUCCUCUUUCUCUCUCUUUCUGCUCAUUCCCUUUCUCACACCCUCUUCCUCUCUCUCUCCCUCUUCCUCACCCCCCCCCCCCCCCCCCCCACCCUCUAGCUGCAGCGGGUGACUACUGGAGGUUGUUGAACCCCGGGGAGUACCGUGUGACGGCCCGCACCGACGGCCACACGCCCCAGACCCGGCUGUGCAUUGUGGGCUAUGACUCCGGGGCCACCCCCUGUAGCUUCACCCUAGCCAAGUCCAACUGGGACCGCAUCAAGCAGAUCAUGGCCCUCCAUGGCAAGAGGCCCAUACGGCUUGUUACCAAGGCACCCCCCCAGGCAGGAAGUGACAUCAGCGGUGGGUCAGUUGGCAGUGUAGACGUAGCAAAGACGGGCGCCAGUGGCGGGACGGGCGGUACGUCGGCCAACUCCCAUAAUGCAGAGCGUCUCCGGCGGUUACGGCUGAUGCGCCUGCGCAAGCUGCACCAGCAGAGACUCAGGAAUAACCUCUCCACCACCACGACCGUUGCCACGACGACCACCACGGCAGCCCCCACAACGAUGGCGGCGCUGGAGACAGAGAGCACUACUUCCUGGUAUGACUCGUGGUUCCCUGUGGAGAGUUCGUACACAGAGCCCACGCCUGCUGAGGUCCUCACAGAGACCCAGGAGUCAGAGCCUACACAGGACUACACCUUUGAGUACAAGUUCGAUGAUUACUAAAGUGAAUUUAAUUUAAUUGCUAAAGUAACAAAUUACAGUUAUUAAAUACACAAUCAUAACAAAGGCAUUAUUCAAAUUGUGGGAAAUUAAAAACAAAAUGUAAUUCCUUGCAGAGCUGAAAGAAAAUAUAGCAUUCUUUUUUUUUUACACUUAUUUUAAAAGAAGAAUGCUUUCUCUGUGCUAUUCCAUUAAUGUCUCAUGAUGAUCUUAAAUGUAUUCGGAUAUAUUUUUGUAAUGCUCACACAUAGAUCAGAGAAUAGGCUACUUUCUCUCUCUGCAGAGCAGGGAGUUAAUCGCAUGUUAUUCAUAUUAUUUACUUAAGCAAGCCUAUUCUGAGACGUAGACAUAAAAUAGCCUUGACAUAAUAGGGUGCUUCAAAUAUUUCACAAUGAAAGAGUAUAAAAAAGUUAUUUGACACUCACGCUGAAGUCAUGCUUUGCUUCAAAAUGUUGAUUCUGAUGUUUGGUUAAAUAUGAUUACUAAUAUCAGUGGAAACUGCCGUGUGUGUAUUGUCACAUUAAAGGAAUGUUCUUAAAAAAAUGUUUCAUACAAUAUCUUUGUUGUUUACAGUGCCUUAGGAAAUUAUUCUGACCCCUUUACUUUUUCCACAUU